CCGCCCCGGAGAGGACCGACUGCCCAGAGCGCGGGUCCCGGGGCUCCCUGGGCGGGGCCGUUCCCGGGGAGCCCCACGACUGCCUCUCAGAGCAGGGUCGGGGAAGGGGAUCCUAGCCCGCCGCCGCCUCCGAGCAGGCCGCCAGGACUCUGGCGGCCGGAGAUGGGCGCCCGGCUUUCGCAGCGGCGGCUGCCCGCGGACCCGCCCAUAGCCUUGGACGCGCUGCCGCCGGAGCUGCUCGUGCAGGUGCUGAGCCACGUGCCACCGCGAGCGUUAGUGACGCGCUGCCGCCCAGUGUGCCGCGCCUGGCGCGACGUGGUGGACGGGCCCACCGUGUGGCUGCUGCAGCUGGCCCGCGACCGCAGCGCGGAGGGCCGCGCACUCUACGCGGUGGCCCAGCGCUUCCCGCCCAACAGCGAGGACGAGGAGGAGUUCCCACUCUGCGCCCUGGCGCGCUACUGCUUGAGAGCGCCCCUCGGCCGCAACCUCAUCUUCAACUCCUGCGGAGAGCAGGGCUUCAGAGGCUGGGAGGUGGAGCACGGCGGGAAUGGCUGGGCUGUGGAAAAGAACCUAAUACUGGUGCCGGGCGCUCCUUCCCAGACCUGCUUCGUGACUUCUUUCGAAUGGUGCUUCAAGAGGCAGCUUGUGGACUUGGUGAUGGAGGGUGUGUGGCAGGAGCUACUCGACAGCUCCCAGAUCGAGAUCUGUGUGGCCGACUGGUGGGGUGCCCGGGAGAACUGUGGCUGCGUCUACCGGCUCCGGGUCCGCCUCCUGGACAUGUACGAAAACGAAGUGGUCAAGUUCUCGGCAUCACCCAACCCGGUCCUUCAGUGGACUGAAAGAGGCUGCCGACAGGUCUCCCACGUCUUUACCAACUUUGGCAAGGGCAUCCGCUAUGUGUCUUUUGAGCAGUAUGGAAGAGACACGCGUUCCUGGCUGGGGCACUAUGGUGCCCUCGUGACCCACUCCAGCGUGAGGGUCAGGAUCCGCCUGUCCUAGCUAACCAGCCUGA